AUGUGUCACCCUGCAAUUGGGCUUAUCAACUCAACCUUCAGAGAGUCAAUAUUGUUUCUUGUUAUUUUUUUUCAGACAGCUUCACCCUUCCCUUCUACCACGACCAACAAAAUCAAACCAUUAACUGUAUCUGCUGGAAAGGGUAGAAUAAUCCAACUACCAGUCAAUGAUGUGGCAUUAUCAGCCUUUGUGGUUCAAGAACCUGACAAAGGAGAGACAUACCACUAUACCUGGAGUAUGGUGUCCUCCCCUAACGGUGAUAAAGACAAGGGGUUAAUGGAAGGAAAGACACUGGACACUGUCAAAUUAAAGAAUUUAAUAGCAGGAGGUUAUAUAUUUAAAGUGACAGUCACAGGAGAUAAUAAAUUUGGUGAAUCAACAGUGAAUGUUACAGUGUUGCCUCCUGCUCGAAUGAACACAUCCCCUGUAGCUAUAAUCAAACCAACCAAUCAGGUGAUCAAGUUACCUAAUUCUGGAGUUCUGGAUGGAUCAGACAGUACUGAUGAUGACAAGAUUGUGAAGUACCAUUGGGAAGAGGUGAAUGGACCCUUACAGGAACACAGUAUCAGUGGAGAUUCUUCUAUGUUGAAGUUACAGAACCUUUCUCCUGGCAACUAUACCUUUAAAUUAACGGUAACAGAUUCUGAUGGUGCUGUCAAUUCAUCUCAGGCUAAUGUCACUGUCCAUAAAGAAACUGAUUAUCCCCCUAAAGCCAAUGCAGGAUCAGAUGUAGUGAUCCACCUUCCAGUGAAAUCAGUGAUCCUGUAUGGUAACGCCAGCACUGAUGAUAAGGGUAUCGUUAGCUAUGAGUGGACCAAAACUGGUGACACUGAUAUCACUAAUGAUGUUUCAGGCGUCAGGACACCAUUUUUACAUCUAAAAGAUCUGGAAGUAGGAGACUACACCUAUACAUUGAAAGUGACGGAUGCCAGCGGACAGUCUUCUUCUGCUGAUGUUCACGUUUUUGUGAAACCAGAGACUAACCAACCACCAAAAGCAGUAACAGAAAAAAGCAUAGAGGUGGUUCUGCCAGCAGAUAACAUUGUUCUAGAUGGUACCAACAGUUCUGAUGAUUCCAAGAUAAUCACUUUUGCCUGGUCACAAAAAAGUGGUCCAUCUCAAUUAGAGUUAAUGAACAGUGAUCGUAUGGUAGCAGCAGCCAGAGGAAAGCUCAAAGAAGGCAUCUACACAUUCCAGCUCUUGGUCAAGGAUGCUGAUGGGCAGACUGGUACCCAGCUGUUGACAGUCACUACCAAAAAACAUGCUAAUCUAGCUCCAGUGGCCAAUGCAGGAGGAGACAAGGUGGUGUACCUGCCAGUGUCCUCUUUAGUUUUUGAUGGCAGCAACUCCAAAGAUGAUCAUGGUAUUGUUAAAUAUAAAUGGAGUAGAGAUCAGAGAAGCUUAGCUGCUGGGGAUAUAGUCAAUGGAUCAGCCAGUCAUGCAGUACUACAGUUGAUAAAUUUGGUGGCAGGCCGGUACAUCUUUACUUUAACUGUGGUAGAUGUUGAGGGUCUUUCCAAUUCUGAUUCAGCCUCAGUUAUUGUCAAAGAAGAUCCCAAUAAAAACAAUAUAAUAGAGUUAUUAUUAAACACAGAUAUCCAUGACUUCUCAGAAGAAAACAGGGUAAGAUUUUCUUUCAUUGUUCAAUUUAACUUUAUAAAGAAUUGCUUCGAGAAGAGGAAGGUUGUAAAACUAUUAUUGAUUAGUUAUCUCCAUGUCCAGUUUUUAGUGAAGAUUAAAACUAAAGAGAGCGAGAAAGUGCAACCAGGAGUUGAUAUUGUGGCAUUGUUACGUCGAAAAUUACGACAGAAUUCAGACAUUCUGGAUUAUUCUGUUAUCUCCAUUGACACACUAGUUUGUCAAAACAAAUGUUCUGGCCACGGACGUUGUGAAUUAAAAACUAAAAAAUGUAUUUGUGAUGCAUUCUGGAUGCAGAAUUUUUUUACUGCGUCUUUAUUUUUAUAUGAAAGCAACUGUGAUUGGAGUAUUAUCUAUGUCGUUAUUAUUAGUUUUAUAUUAGUCAUCACCGUAACUGGGGCAACCUGGUUAGUCAUUUGUAUGUGCAGAUCAAAAAGGUAUGCAGUUUUUGUUGGCUACUCUGUAUUUUUCUGA